AAACCAGGCCGCCGCUCUCCGUCGGUGGACGCUCUGCCCACCAGCCCGCCGCGUCAUCUCGGCGGCCUCCGGUUUGGGGAAGUGUUUCUAGGAGACGGCGGUAGCCGGCCGCGCCUGCGUGGUUGACGCUACCGGGGGCGGGCUGACGGACCCGAGGCGCUGGCCCAGGGAGCGAGUUCCCGCUGGCUGUGGCUGUGGGUCGCUGUCGCCGCCAGGCUUCUGUAGCCCCAUGGUCCUCCCUUGAGGCCGGCUGCCGGCACACGUCUCCUCGGGAUGGAGCACAUCCGGACGACCAAGGUUGAACAAGUAAAAUUACUUGAUCGAUUCAGUACCAACAAUAAGUCAUUAACAGGAACGCUGUAUCUUACAGCCACACAUCUGUUAUUUAUAGACUCUCAUCAAAAAGAAACCUGGAUAUUGCACCACCACAUUGCCUCAGUGGAGAAACUUGCUUUGACUACUGCAGGAUGCCCGCUUGUGAUUCAGUGCAAGAACUUCAGAAUUGUGCAUUUCAUUGUUCCCAGAGAAAGAGAUUGCCAUGAUAUUUAUAACUCUUUGCUACAACUGUCAAAACAAGCAAAAUAUGAAGAUCUGUAUGCAUUUUCUUAUAAUCCCAAACAAAAUGAUUCAGAACGACUACAAGGCUGGCAACUCAUUGACCUUGCUGAGGAAUAUAAGAGGAUGGGAGUGCCAAACUCACACUGGCAGUUGUCUGAUGCCAACCGAGAAUACAAGAUUUGUGAAACUUAUCCCAGAGAACUUUAUGUUCCCCAGAUAGCAAGCAAACCAAUAAUUGUUGGUAGUUCCAAGUUCCGGAGCAAGGGAAGAUUCCCGGUUCUUUCCUACUAUCAUCAAGAUAAGGAGGUAGGAAGCUUCUCCUUUAAUUUUAUAAGUAUAGUGUGGCCAUUCUUCAGGUUUAAGUAUCCGAAAGAACAUCGCAUGCAGAGCUGGUGGGCUACACAAAAGGACAUUGGCAGAAUUAUAGUGAGGAUUUCUUCAAAAAUCUGGAAUGAUGAGAAAAUAAGAGAAAGCGAUGAGAAAAAGCGACUGAAUGCAAUGGCCAACAGAGCAGCUGGAAAAGGUUAUGAAAAUGAAGACAACUAUUCUAAUAUUAGAUUUCAGUUUGUUGGAAUUGAAAAUAUUCAUGUCAUGAGGUCCAGCCUUCAGAAAUUAUUGGAAGUCAGUGGUACCAAAGGCCUUUCUGUCAAUGAUUUCUACUCUGGUUUAGAGAGUUCGGGAUGGCUUCGCCAUAUCAAAGCUGUUAUGGACGCUGCAAUCUUUUUGGCCAAAGCAAUAAUGGUUGAAAAUGCAAGUGUGUUGGUACAUUGUUCUGAUGGUUGGGAUAGGACUUCCCAGGUUUGUUCCCUUGGUUCUCUUUUAUUGGAUUCCUACUAUAGGACAAUCAAAGGAUUCAUGGUUUUAAUAGAAAAAGAUUGGAUCUCUUUUGGACAUAAAUUUUCAGAGAGGUGUGGCCAUUUGGAUGGUGACCCAAAGGAAGUCUCACCAGUGUUUACUCAGUUCUUGGAAUGUGUGUGGCAUUUGACGGAACAGUUUCCACAAGCCUUUGAAUUCAAUGAAGAAUUUCUUCUUCAGAUCCAUGAACAUAUUCAUUCAUGCCAAUUUGGAAACUUUCUUGGAAAUUGCCAGAAGGAAAGAGAAGAACUCAAGUUGAAGGAGAAGACGUACUCUCUGUGGCCAUUUCUUUUGGAAGACCAGAAGAAGUACUUAAACCCUCUCUAUAGUUCCAAAUCUCAGAGAUUUACAGUUUUGGAGCCAAAUACAGUAUCUUUCAAUUUUAAGUUUUGGAGAAAUAUGUACCACCAAUUUGAUCGAACAUUGCAUCCUAGGCAGUCUGUAUUUAAUAUAAUUAUGAAUAUGAAUGAGCAAAAUAAACAGUUACAGAAAGAUAUUCAAGAUCUAGAAUCUAAAAUUAAGCAACGCAAAAAUAAGCAAACAGAUGGCGUCCUCACCAAGGAAUUGUUACAUUCUGUUUGUCCAGAAUCACCUACCCUCAAAACUUCCCUGUGUUUUAAAGAGCAGACACUGCUACCUGUGAAUGAUGCUCUUCGAACUAUAGAGGGCAGCAGCCCAGCAGAUAAUCGGUACAGUGAAUAUGCAGAAGAGUUUUCCAAACCAGAGCCUGCUGUGGUCAGCUUAGAGUAUGGAGUGGCAAGAAUGACUUGUUAGAUUCGUGGGGUGUUUUCUGGACUGACUGUAAUGCAAGAAAUGGAUUAUUGUGAAGAUGGUCUAUGCGCGUGACCAAAAGGAAUCUGUCUAAUAAUGAUCCUAGGGUUUAAUAGUAGGCUAAUAGUUGAAGAAAGGAUAAUAACUGCUCUUGUGAGAGAAAUGUCAGCUUAAUUGCAUUUCUAGCAAGGAAUGACAUUCAGUUCUGUAAGAAAUGAAUGGUAUUUGGUGGAUUUAUUCAAAACAAUUUGCACUAUAUACUAGUGAAUUGACAUUUCUAUAUGAUUUAUAUGUUAAUUUCAGCCAAACACCAAUAGCCUCCUUAAGUAUAAUUUAACUUAGAGAAAAUAAAACUUUACAGAAUGGUUCCUUAAUAAUUGACAUGGCAUGUACUUUCAGUUAUGUAACUGUAACUAUGAAUAUUUACAUAUUUUGCCUUUUAAUGAUGUUUAAUGUUGAAGUGCCAUAAAAAAUAUUUCUAAGAAAGCCUUAAAUUCUAGUUUAUUUUUUACCCUUAAGUUUUAUAGCCUACGACAAGGUUUUUGGUUUGUUUUUCUUUUGGUCAGUCUUGUUUGUAAAGAAUUGCACUCUCAUUGCUGCAGGAGUUGCAUGCUACACUAAACUCCCAUAUAAACAGGUUAGCCAGCCCCACUUCCAUAUUCAAAAUUAAUGACACUGAAAGUUUCAUUCUGAUUGAAUUUGUUUAGUGCUACAUUUGAUGAUUUAUUCUUUAUAGCUGAGAUUAUUGAUUUCUUAUGUAUAAGCACAUUUUAUUAUCUUUUAUAUAUGGAUUACUGCAUUCCAUUAAUUUUUAUUUUGUGGUUGGCUUUAUUCCUGUGAUACUAUGUAAAUUUAAAGAACUAAAGGUCUAAAACUGUUCCUAGAAACAAUGAAUACUACAUAUAUAUGUAUAUUUUUAAACUGCCUUAUCUCUUAAUGAAUUGCUAUUCCUUGAAUAUCUAACUUUUAGUGUACCCAGAAACUUUUGGGUAAACUGUUAAGUAAGAAGAAAAAAAGGAAAAUUAAGGAGAGCCUAGUACAAAGUUAACAUUUAACAAAAGCAACUUAAACUCUGGGAAGGAUUUCAUUUGCCAUGUUGUAUUAACUGUUUAUUCUGUGUACUAGUACACAUCUUUAAGUUACUAUAUAUGUAUAUAUAUCUCUUGCAAUUGACAGUAUCACUCAGCUGGCUUUAAAAUUGAAAAUUUAAGUAACAUGGUGGCAUGAGGUACGAUUCAGGGGAACUAGGAAAUCUGCAUAGGAUCCCUCAUGCUUUUCUCUGUUAUAUCUUAUAUUAAUUUUAAACAUAAAUAUCUUUUUCAAAUGAAAAAAAAAAAAGCUUUAUUGUAUGAGACCGUAUCUAAUCCUGUUUAUUUUUCUAAUGCUUUUAUGUAAUACAUUAUGUCAUAAGAAAAAUGCUUGUUUUUAAAUGGUAACAGAAAUGCACCAUAAAAUACAGUAUGUUGAUUAACCAAUCCUAUUUCCAUAUUUAAGCACUGGGAAUGAAACUUAAUCUCUGUGACCACAAAGGGAAGCUUUUGUGCCUUGGUGUUCUAGUCAUUGAUUGUGGUUUUAGAAUCUUCCAUGGCAGACUUCUUGUAUUCAACUCUUUGGUUUAUUAUCUUAAUCUUCAACUCUAGGCAUAUGUAUGUGUGUUUAUAUGCUAAUACAUGGACUGAGAAAUCAGUUAACAUCCUAAGUGACCUACAGAGUAUAUGUUGGCAAAAAGCAGAUUGUGUAUAUGUCUUAUAAAAUUGGAUUUCUGUUCAUGGUGUUUGGGAAUGUAUAGCAUGUAAAUUAUUUCAUAUAUUAUUUAAAGGUAAUUAAAUGUUCAUGUUUUACUUUGAAUGUUUUUCUUUUAGAAAAAACAAAUGGGAUCAA